GAGUUUCGGAGCAGCUCCCUUUUGCUUACCUACUAAUCCUUCAGCGUUAUAACUAAAUCUCCCAAUCUUGCUGUCGUCAAUCAACUCUUCCGAAUCUUGCAAACCUCUGGGGAUAAUUAAAUUCCAAACUCAUUUCCUUGGAUUAUCUCUUGCUCAUUCUUCUAAACCAAACUCGUUCCUGCUCUGUCGUCUCCCAUUAUUAUAAACCAAGAAAUCACAGAGAGGAAGAAGCUGUCGGUAUUUGCUGACGAACCAGGCAAGGGUUGUUCAUGCGACCCUUUCGCCAGGAUCUUGCCCCCUUUCUCGGAUAUCCCUAGCUGGUGAGGUUGGUCUUGUGCUAAAUCUCACCUGGGUUCUCCUCGCCUUGCUCCAGCGAGCCAGCCGGCUUUGGGUAUUUCUUCGCUUCUUCCUUUCUGGUGGGAUUCUCCGCCAUUCCGGAGCUCAAAUCCAACCAGGGGAUUCGUGGUUUCCCGGCGCCCCCAAGAAUCUCGGUGGGCGAUUCGUGCCAGCAUUUCGUGGAGCGCCCGGCUCCGUCUUCUCGUUUUUCCGCCAUUCCUCGCCGCUGCUAAAUCCUGUUCCAGGGUUUCUCUCCUCUCCUCUCUGCCUAGGGUUCUCUAGUCUUCCUUACCCCCCAUCCAAUUGCAGUUUGGACGCACAUGGCGGGUCGCUGGUAUCCAUGAGCACUCAACAUGUUAAUUUACUUUGGGCAAGAAGGAGGACCAGAAACCGGCAGUAGGUUCUUGUGUUGCAACCUACAAGCACAAAAUGUUUCGCUACUUGCAGCACCCAUACUCGCUUAAGGGUGCCAAGGUGGCACCACUACCGCCGCGGCAGAGUCUCGUGUUCCUCAUCGCGCUCUUCGGUCUCUACGUAUGCUACCUCUCCUUCAACCAGAUAAGGCUAGAGAACAAAGGAGAGGAAAGCGGUGCAGAAGAACAGACAGGGCAUGUUUGCACAAGGCCUGUUAUUCCUGAUGAGGAGCUGCCGUAUGUGCACUUCCCAAAACCAGAGGGUUAUAACAGGGCGGAAUGCUCGUGUACUCCUGUUCGGUUUUUUGUGAUCGUGUCGAUGCAGAGAUCAGGAAGUGGAUGGUUUGAGACACUGCUAAAUAGCCACCCUAACAUCAGCUCGAACGGCGAAAUAUUUAACAGAAUGGAUAGGAGAGAAAAUAUAUCAUCUGUCAUACAGGCACUUGACAAACUGUAUAACUUGGACUGGUUCACGAGUGCGGCAAAAAAUGAGUGCACGGCUGCAUUUGGGUUCAAGUGGAUGCUAAAUCAGGGGUUUAUGGACUAUCAUGAUGAUAUACUUAGUUAUUUGAACAAGAAGGGUGUCUCUCUGAUAUUUCUAUUCAGGAGAAACACAUUGCGCAGACUUAUCUCUGUAUUGGCCAACAACUAUGACAGAGAUGCAAAGCAACUGAAUGGAACCCACAAAUCUCAUGUUCACUCGGAAGAAGAGGCUGAGAUACUAGCGAAAUUCAAACCAGAACUGGACGUGUCAACUCUGAUUUCAAACAUCAGGGAUGUUGAGAAGUACAUGGGAGAUUGCCUGGACUACUUCAACACGACACGGCGCAUGAUCCUCUACUACGAGGACAUAAUCAGCAACAGAAAUGCAUUACUCCAGGUGCAAGAAUUCCUGGGCGUUCCAGUGAGGAAACUGGUCAGCAGGCAGGUGAAGAUUCAUACACGUCCGCUUCCAGACCUUGUCAGGAACUGGGAGGAUGUGAACAGCAAACUCAACGGGACAGAGUAUGCGCGCUUUCUGGACGGCGCAGAUUACCUGAAGUGAUGCAUUCUUGGUUCUGAUGCAAGUUCAGGAUCAUUGGCAAGGGGGUUGUAAUUUCAACAGGAUUGAUUCGUUUGUAGUGCAAAUGAGUAGUGAAAAAUGCCUGAAGAUGGGAGGGAUCGAGAUGGAAGUAGUAGGGAAAACUGUACAGUUCUUACAGCUACCUUUUCAUUUCUUUUGUGCUUUCUACUAACUAAUCUGUGAGCUACAUCGAAGUGGCUCACUCAUUGGAUU